AUGUCUUCCAAAGCUAUUUCCGCUGCUCAGAAUAAGAGCAAAAGUCACGCUAUUCAGGAGAAGGGUGUAAACCAUGCCACUCUUGAUUAUUCGCUAACCAGCGGUGGGGAGAGUAAUGGAAGUGAGGAGGAACGUGGACGUAAGAGGGGUCUCAAGCUCAGGAGGGAUCCCAUACUCAGUUUGGGUCCUUAUGUUGAUCCUGCCUAUGAGCAGUUCAAUCGACACUGCCGUAUGCUAGAGAAGGAGCUAGGGAAUAUAUCUCGAUCCUCUUCUUUGGAGAUCGGUCCUUCCGCUCACACCAUUUCUUCCAGUGCCACCGACACUGUGCUCGGUCGAAGGAGCCGAGGCGAGAGCAAUGAUGAAGAGGUUGAACCUUCGAGGCGUCGUCAGCGCAUUAGCAAGACGAUGCAGGAACACCUUGAGGACACUGUCGAGGCCCUCUGCGAGCGGACAACAUUGGAAACCGCACACACACAAGGCCAUAAUCCCUCUACGAUGAAAAACAAGGAUCAUGACAAUAUUCAAGAAUAUGCCUAA